AUGCCGAUGCCAAUCAAUUUUUGUACCCUUGAAGUAAACAUACCGGAGGAAAUUUUGACAUGGGAUUUGAGUGCCAGGAAAAGAUUUGUUGAGAGUCUCCGCCAUGGAAGAGUACAAAUGUUCCGUGGACGAGGUAUGAUUGUGGGAUGCGCAGGCGCAGGUAAAACAACUCUACUUAGGAAGCUUCAAAGAAGACACACAGAGGAAAAUCAACCUACAGAAACAACAAUUGGUCUAGAGGUCCAUGAAGAUUUGUUUGAAAUUAAAGAUGACACUUUAUAUGAUUUCAGUGUUAACGCUGAAGAUGAUCCGAUUACAAUACGUAUACAGAACAGGGAAGAGGAAGAGGGGAAGGUUAUCAAAGGCAUUCAUCUUCACAGCAGCCGUGGUACAAAGCUGAUCAGUAUGACAGACUUUGCCGGACAAGUGGCUUAUUACGCAUGUCACCAGGUUUAUUUGUCAAGGAGAGCAUUUUAUAUCGUUGUUGUUGACAUAUCCAAGGGUUUAGAUGAAGAAGUUAGAAUCUACCAUACUGAUCGCCAUAACCCUGAAGGAUCCUUGUUUCAUUCCUGGAAAUACAAAGAUUAUUUUCAUUUUUGGUUGCAAUCCAUACAGACAUACUGUGAUGUUGGAAAAACGCACACAAUCCACGAAAAUACGGAUUCAAUAGCCCGUCUUUAUCCUGUUAUCAUUGUUGCUUCCCAUGCAGACAAAGUGAAUGAGGAUCUGCCGAAAACGUUCUACGAUAAAUUGGAGAACUGCUUAUCUGAUGAACAAUCUUUGAAACAUCUUAUAUCUCCAAACAGAUAUUUUAACGUCGAAUGUCCGCCAAAUGAAUUGUCACCAAAACAACAGGACUCAAUUGAAUGCCUCAGAAAAUGUAUAGUAGAAACUGUAGAAAAGAUGCCACAGUGGGGAGAGAUAAUUCCUCUGAAAUGGGCAAAUCUUGAGAAAACUCUGAUUCAAAUGAAACAGAAAGGAAAGAAAGUUAUUUCAGUACAAGAAAUAAAAGAAUUAAACAAUGUGGAUUCACCUAGCGAUAAAGAUCUAAAUGAUGGCCUUCGGUUCCUACACGAAAUAGGUCAAAUCGUUCAUUUUGCUGAAGACAAAAUGAAAAAUGUAAUAAUUGUUGACGUUCAGUGGUUUGUUGAUGCUUUCAAGUACAUCAUAACUGAUGAAAAACAUCUAGCUAGAAUAAGGAGCAAAAAUAAAUUGAUUAACACAGGAAGAAUAACUGAAUCGGAACUGAGAGAGAUAUGGGAAUAUUCUAGAGACAGCUCUUAUAUUCAGCAUAAAGAUGAAAUUUUACCAUACAUGGACAAACUUGGUUUAAUGACAGAAAUUCAGGAUGAUCCUAGCGGUAAAACAUAUUACAUUCCGAGCUUGAACAGAACCGAACUUACUGAUAAAUGUAAAGCUGCUAUCAACAAUGGACAGAAAACAUCCAUUAUGGUGUUCCAUUUCAAAACGUACUUGCCUCAUUUUUUUCUUCUUUCGGCUGGUUGUAAACUGCUUUAGGAAAUGGAAGGCACUUGAUAUGGCGUUGUUUUGUAAAGAUACAGCAUUCUACAUGGUAGAAGAUGCUAGCCAUUACAUUGCAAUUGCUGUUAACAAAACGUCAAUCCAGUUACAGGUUUUUACUGCAGAUAAAGAUAUGAAUCUACAGUCUGAUUGCGUCGUACAGAUCAGAGAUACAGUGGAAAGUCUAAUAAACGAAAUAACACAAACUUUUCACAGACACAUUGAAUAUGAGAGGGGGUUUUCUUGUACAGAUAUAGACAUUACAGAUGAGGAUGACGAGUAUUUUCUGAGUGAAAGUCAAAUUGUAGGAAUGAAAACAAUUACUGGGAAAGAAAUAAGACCGUGUCCUAAACAUGUUCUACGAAUUCCGCAUGAUAUUAACAAACGCAAAAUGAUGCAAUUCUGGUUCAAAUAAGUCGUAAAAAUAAAAAAAAAAACAGUGGAGAGUGAUUACAGAAAUAAGGCAAACUUUUCAGAGACAAUUUUAUUAUGAGAUUGGAUUUUACUGCCAAAAAAGCGUUACAGAUGAAAAUCAAGAUUUUUUUUAUCAGUGAAAGUGACGUCAUGAAAGUAGGAACAAAUUCUGGUAAAUAGUUACGGCCUUGUUCAAAGCAAACCAUGCAUAAUUUUGA